AUGUCAAAUUCUGAUGCAGAUACUAUAAUGGCUGCUCCUGCUUCAAUUACUGUAACUGCGACUCCUAGUAGUAUAAUAAUCGAUGAGGCUUCAAUAUUAUUUAAUAAAGCUAAAAGUGUAUGGUCUAUUAUUUCUAAAAAUGCGGCGACGGCUGAUAUUCACACUAUACAUGGCAAUGUUUUACCGGCCAACAUCAACAGUCCAUUAGACCUUCAAUCUUGGUCACCGUCACCUGUUUCUCGUUCUUCUUCUCUAACGAUUUACAGUCGUUUAGGUGCACGUGUUCUUCAAUUUGACUAUGAUCUCGAGUUUCUUUACGGCGGCUCGUUAAAUGGACGAGGAGCGUAUUUGGAUGGCAUUACCGUAGUUCCAUCACGUACAACUAUUGCCUGGUGUUAUGUAUUCAAUGCAAAUGUUGAAAUAACGUCUAUACGCAAUGUAGGCACAAGUGAUGAUCCAGUCGCUGCUGCACAUGUUGAAUUAAAAUAUCAACUGAAAGCACUUAGUCGCGUAGAAGGGACAACAUCAUUUGAUAUCAAAGGUGAUGGACGUGUGGAUGUUUUGCAUUCGAAAUAA